AUGCAAUCGUUUUACAGAAGGAAUUCAUUACAUAAUCAAUCCACAAGUCAAAAAUCACCAAAUAAAAUCAAAAAAGAGACUCGUUUUAAAAAAAUCAAAGAAAAUGGAAACAAAUAUGGCGAAGGUGACGUAGACGAAGAUGAUAAUAACGUCAUCUCGUCAACUCGUGAAAAUUACAACGGAGAAAAAUCAUUUAAUACGAAUCAUCAUUAUCAUCAUCAUGAUCCUUCUGGAGAAUUCGUAAAUGAUGAUAAAAAAACAUCUUUACCGAUAAUUAAAAUCGAAUCUUACGAUAAUCGUAACAAUGUUAAAAUUAUUAUCAACGAUAAUAAAAAUGGCGGACGAAGUAAACAACAUGACGAAAUAACGGAUAAUUCCAUACGUUUGGGACCAAAUAAAAAUAACAUAAUCGAAGAAGAGCUUAAAAGAGAAAAAAAAAAUUUCUAA